AUGUCAGAAAGAUUGCCUCUUGCAUCAAUACAGGAAACUACCUGUCAUGCAGCAUUUCCAGAACCCAGAACUACUGCAGCGAGAAUUUCACGUUCAGAAGUUCUGAGCUUGCUUAAGGAUGAGACGAGGAAAGGGGCCGAGUCGGAUUACGUCCUGGUGGAUUUGAGAAGGGCGGAUCAUGAGGGUGGCACAAUAUCAACUUCCAUAAACUUGCCCGCCCAAAGCCUCUCCCCUUCUAUUCCCGUUCUCUAUACCAUUUUUAAAAAUGCCGGCACCAAGAAGGUCAUAUGGUAUUGUGGCUCAUCUGCCGGACGGGGAACACGCGCAGGAGGCUUGUUUGCGGACUACAUUACGGAGAAGGAAGGCGAGGGGCCCCAGAGGAUUCAGAGUUUGGUCCUGGAGGGGGGGAUUAAGGGUUGGGUGGGCGCCGGGCCAGAAUACGUGGAGAGAGUGGACGGAUAUGAGGCGUCCGUCUGGAAUAGUACUGAGUGA